AAAGCCAGUGGCGAUGCUGUGUUGGUGUCUGCCGCUCUGUGGAGGGGUCAUGGGGGGCGUCCUGCCGCACCGGCCAGGCCUCUGACCUCCGUCCCCUCCCGCCUCCCACCCGCAGUGGUCCGGGAGGGGCAGUACGAGGUCAUUGUGGUCCCCACACUCCUGGUGGGCCUCUUCCUCCUCCUCCUGGCCGUCAUCCUGUGGCUUUUCAUCCGAGGACAGAGAUUCCAGCGGCAGCACCCCCGACGUGGAGGAGAUGCUCAGGUCACCCCCUCCAGGGGUCUGGAACCAGCAGGGCGGCGAGGAGACGUAUCGGUGGCGCUGGAGGAGAGGACGGUGGACACUUUCCUGGCAGCCGUGGCGCCGUCCCUGGCUGAACUGCAGCUGCCCCGGGCUCAGCUGUCCCAGGCCCUGGAGCAGAUCUCCAGGGGCACCUGGGGCUCCAUCUUUCGAACCCAGAUGAACCCCGGGGAUCCCGCGAAAUCCAAGAGUGUGGUCCUCAAGACAUUAAGAGCAGCAGCAGGGCUGCAAGACGUGCAGGAUUUCAUUGGACAGAUCCGCUUCUAUCAGCACCUGGGGAGACACAAGAACCUGGUGUGGCUGGAGGGGUGCUGUACCGAGUGCCUGCCGCUGUACAUGGUGCUGGAGGAUGUGGCCCCGGGGGACCUGCUCACCCUUCUCUGGACCUGUCGCCGGGAUGUGAUGAGCGUGGACGGGUUCCUGUAUGAUCUCACCGAGAAGCAAAUAUAUCACAUCGGAAAACAGGUCCUUUUGGCUUUGGAAUUCCUCCAGGAGAAACACAUCUUCCACGGUGAUGUGGCGGCCAGAAACGUCCUGAUCCAAAGCGAUCUGACUGCCAAGCUGUGUGGCCUGGGCCUGGCGUACGAAAUCCACACGCGGGGGGCCAUCUCUCCCGCCCGACACGUCCCCUCCAAGUGGCUGGCCCCCGAGCGUCUGCUCCUGAAGCCUGCCGACAUCAGAGGAGACAUCUGGUCCUUUGGGAUUCUGCUCUAUGAGAUGGUGACACUGGGGGCCCCGCCGUACCCGGAAGUCCCUCCCACCAGCAUCCUACAGCAUCUUCAGCGGAGGAGGAUCAUGAAGAAACCCAGCGGCUGCUCCCACACCAUGUACAACAUCAUGAAGCGGUGCUGGCACUGGAGCCCGGAUGGCCGGCCGCUGCCCCGGGAGCUGUGCGUGCAGCUGGAGGCGGCCGCCAGGACGGCCGAUGACCAGUGCAUCCUGCAGGUGCCGGAGCUGGUGGUGCCCGAGCUGUAUGCGGCCGUGGCCGGCGUCUGCCUGGACAGCAUGGCCUACACCUACAGUGUCCUCUGAGCC